AUGUCGCCGUCCGUGGAGACCGCUCAGGCGCAAUGGCUGGAACAACUGGCUGCUAUGCGGAAGGCGAUAGCGGAGUUGAACCUCCCGCCUGAUGUUCAGAAGACGCCAGCGUACGGCGACGACCUUGGCCUCGACGAUGACGACCUUUCGGGGACCGUUAGUGGCGAAGAUAUCUGGGACGUCAUUAGCGAUGGCUACGAAGACGAGUACAGCAGCGAUCACCUCGAUCAGUACGCCGACGGCCAGCCUGGUGGGAGCCUGUAUGAUCAGCAAUGGCUGGCGGAAAGGUGCGCAGAUGUUGCUCGAAUGGGUUCCGGCCUAGACGCGGCCGCGUUGAAGGAGCAAAUCUCCGCAAUACUAGCGAGCGAUAGCAAUGAUGAUGAAUUGCAGAUGAUGCUUGCCGAUAUCGUAGGCUAUGAGGAACUGGACCUCGUGGCCGACCUCAUUGCCCAUCGACGGGACAUUACGCGGUCCCUGCACGAGCUGCCUCCGCAUGAAAGCGCUCUUGGCCACCUGCAGACAAGAGCAGAGCGCGAAGAAGCGCUUAGACGGCAAGACUGGGAACACAAGCAUGCCGCUCUGGCGCCCGCUCUGGACCGCAAAGGGCCCCAGUACCCGCACGUAUACCGGACCUACGAAGCGGGCAACAAGCUCUCCGCUUACGGGAAGAAAUACGCUUUGCCUCUAAACUACGCCCACUAUGACGAUAAAGUCUAUGAAGAGUACGCGAUUCCUGCAGCGCCGGUCUGCACAAUCGGCGCCGGGCGUAAACUUGUCGAAAUCAAAGAGCUGGACGGCCUUUGCCAGCGAACAUUCAAGGGGUACAAGUCGUUGAACCGCAUGCAAAGCUUGGUCUACCCGGUUGCCUACUAUACAAGCGAGAAUAUGCUUAUCUGCGCCCCAACGGGUGCGGGUAAGACGGACGCCGCGAUGCUCACGAUCUUGAACGUUAUAGCCAAAUACACCAUCCCGAAUCCAAUCGAAGAGCCUGAAUCUACUGACUUCACUACUCUUUCCGAGGACUUCAAGAUCAUAUAUGUCGCUCCAAUGAAAGCCCUCGCUGCCGAAGUCACGGAGAAGCUUGGGAAGCGCCUUGCGUGGCUCGGCAUCAAAGCUCGCGAACUGACUGGAGAUAUGCAUCUCACAAAAGCUGAGAUUCUAGACACUCAAAUCAUUGUUACCACUCCCGAGAAAUGGGAUGUGGUCACAAGAAAGAGUACGGGAGACACAGAGCUCGUUCAGAAGGUCCGUCUGCUCAUUAUUGACGAGGUGCACAUGCUGCACGACGAGCGAGGUGCGGUUCUCGAAAGUUUGGUUGCCAGGACCCAGAGGCAGGUCGAGGCUACUCAGUCUCUCAUUCGAAUUGUCGGGCUGUCUGCUACGCUGCCAAACUACGUCGACGUCGCCGACUUCCUUCGAGUAAACAAGAUAGUCGGCAUGUUCUACUUCGACGCUUCCUUCCGUCCAGUGCCUCUGGAGCAGCACUUCAUCGGAGCAAAAGGGAAAGCCGGAACUGCGAAUUCGAGAGAAAACCUCGAACACAUAGCUUUCGAUAAGGUUGUGGACAUGCUCAAGCUAGGCCACCAAGUUAUGGUGUUCGUGCAUUCACGCAAAGACACGGUCAAAACCGCGAGACAACUAUACGAGAAAGCAGUAGGUGCUCAGUGCACUGACCUUUUCGACCCCACACUACAUCCGGGCUUCGACGCUGCUGUCCGCGAUAUGAAGCAAUCAAAGGGCCGAGAAAUUCGCGAACUGCUGAACAAAGGCAUGGGCACCCAUCACGCAGGUAUGCCUCGCUCCGAUCGAAACCUCAUUGAGCGUCUCUUUGCGGAGGGAGUCAUAAAGGUCCUUUGCUGCACGGCAACCCUAGCGUGGGGUGUCAACUUACCAGCCGCCGCAGUCCUGAUCAAGGGAACGCAAGUUUACAAUGCGCAAGAGGGAAAGUUCACGGACCUUGGCAUCCUUGACGUCUUGCAGAUCUUCGGUCGCGCCGGUCGCCCUCAGUUCCAGGACACUGGUAUUGGCUUCAUCUGCACGACGCACGAUAGACUCGACCAUUACCUCAAGGCUGUUACGGAGCAACAACCCAUUGAAUCGAGGUUCUCCGCAAAGCUUGUUGACAAUCUUAACGCGGAGAUCUCGCUGGGUACGGUUACAACGGUACAAGAGGCUGUGCAGUGGCUGGGCUACUCGUAUCUAUUUGUGCGAAUGCAGAAGAGCCCAUUGAACUACGGCAUCGAAUGGUCUGAGAUUCGAGAUGACCCGCAGCUCGUGCAGAGACGCCGAAAAUUGAUCAUCGAUGCCGCCCGAACACUACAAAAGAGCCAAAUGAUCAUCUUUAAUGAGAACACCGAAGACCUACGGUCGAAAGAUGUCGGACGCAUAGCAAGCCAAUUCUACGUUCAGCAAUCCAGUAUUGAGAUCUUCAAUACAAUGAUGAAUCCGCAAGCUUCUGAUGCUGAUGCGCUCGCUAUGGUCAGUAUGAGCGGGGAGUUUGACCAGAUCCAGUCUCGCGAUACCGAAGAGAAAGAGCUCUUUGCCUUGCAAGAAGAGGGCUUCGUGGUGACCGACGUGAAGGGCGGCGUGGGGACACCUCACGGGAAGACCAACAUUCUUCUACAAGCCCACAUCUCGAGAGCAAGGCUGGAAGACUUUACUCUCGUCUCAGACACGAACUACAUCAGGCAGAAUGCCGCGCGUAUCGCACGCGCACUGUUCAUGAUUGCGCUCAAUCGCCGCUGGGGCUAUCAGUGUCUCGUGCUCCUCAGUCUCUGCCAGUCCAUCGAACGCCAGGUCUGGGCCAUCGAGCACCCUUUGCAUCAGUUUGAUCUGCCACAGCCCGUUUUGCGUCAAUUGGAUCACAAGUACACUUCUAUAGAAGCCCUGCGCGAUAUGGAGCGCGCGGAAAUCGGCGAGCUGGUUCACAACAAGAAGAUGGGUAAUGUCAUUGCACGGAUAUUGGACAACUUCCCUACACUGAGCAUCGAAAGCGAGAUUGCGCCCCUUAACAGGGACGUGCUUCGCAUUCGGCUCUGGCUUACGCCCGACUUCAAAUGGAACGAUCGCCACCACGGUACUUCUGAAUCAUUCUGGAUCUGGGUUGAGAAUUCCGAGUCCUCGGAAAUCUACCACUACGAGUUCUUCAUCCUCUCGCGCAAGAAGCUCUAUGACGCACACGAGCUGAACUUCACAAUUCCGCUGUCGGAUCCUCUACCUUCGCAGAUCUAUGUGAGAGCUGUAUCUGAUAGGUGGCUGGGUGCGGAGACAGUACAUCCUAUCUCGUUCCAGCACCUCAUUCGACCGGAUACCGAGAGUGUGUAUACAGACCUGCUUAAUCUUCAGCCACUGCCCAUCUCCGCGCUGAAGAAUCCUUUGCUAGAAGAGCUUUACGGACAAUGCUUCCAAUACUUCAAUCCUAUGCAGACACAGAUCUUCCACUGUUUGUAUCAUACGCCAGCCAACGUUCUCCUCGGCUCCCCCACCGGUAGUGGCAAGACUGUUGCGGCCGAGCUUGCCAUGUGGUGGGCCUUCCGCGAGAAGCCCGGCUCCAAAGUGGUCUACGUCGCUCCCAUGAAAGCGCUGGUGCGCGAGCGUGUGCAGGACUGGGCCAAGCGGCUCGCCGGUCCUAUGCGUUUGAAGCUGGUCGAGCUGACGGGUGACAACACCCCAGAUACGCGCACUAUCCGCGACGCAGAUAUUAUUAUCACGACACCGGAGAAGUGGGAUGGUAUAAGUCGAAGCUGGCAGACGCGCGGGUAUGUACGGCAGGUCAGCCUGGUCAUCAUCGACGAGAUCCAUCUUCUAGGUGGCGACCGUGGUCCAAUUCUGGAGAUCAUCGUAUCCAGGAUGAAUUACAUCGCUUCACAGAGCAAGGGUUCCGUCCGCCUAUUGGGCAUGUCAACCGCGUGUGCUAAUGCAACCGAUCUCGGUAACUGGCUCGGUGUGAAGGAAGGCUUGUUCAACUUCCGUCAUUCGGUCCGUCCUGUGCCGUUGGAGAUCUUCAUCGACGGCUUCUCCGAGCAGCGAGGGUUCUGCCCGCUCAUGCAGUCGAUGAACCGCCCGACCUUCUUAGCUAUCAAAUCACACUCGCCAGAGAAGCCAGUUAUUGUGUUCGUCGCUUCGCGGCGACAGACAAGACUGACUGCUCGGGAUCUGAUCAACUUCUGUGGCAUGGAAGAUAACCCUCGACGGUUCCUGCGUAUGUCCGAAGAGGAUCUCAGUCUUAAUCUCUCAAGAGUCAAAGACGAUGCUCUCCGAGAAGCGUUGAGUUUUGGCAUUGGUCUGCAUCAUGCCGGCCUCGUCGAGACCGAUCGCCAGCUAUCAGAAGAGCUGUUUGCAAACAACAAGAUCCAAAUCCUUGUCGCUACCAGCACGCUUGCGUGGGGUGUCAACCUUCCCGCCCACCUCGUGGUCGUCAAAGGCACGCAGUUCUUCGACGCGAAGACUGAAGGGUACAAAGACAUGGACCUCACAGACGUGCUGCAGAUGCUCGGUCGAGCAGGCCGCCCACAGUUCGAUUCUUCUGGUAUUGCUCGCAUCUUCACGCAGGAUUCGAAGAAGGAGUUCUACAAGCACUUCCUGCACACCGGUUUCCCAGUCGAGUCAUCGCUGCACAAAGUCCUGGACAACCAUUUGGGCGCUGAGAUCUCUGCAGGUACCGUCGCCACGAAGCAGGAUGCGCUCGACUAUCUCACAUGGACGUUCUUCUUCCGACGCUUACACAAAAACCCCUCGUUCUAUGGUCUAGAGAUCUCAGCUGCAGAGCACAACACUAUCGCCGCGCAGCAAAUGGCCAACGACUACAUGAUCAACCUUAUCGAAGCCUCGCUCAAUGAACUAGCAGAAUCCUCCUGCAUCGCACUACAAGGAACAGGCGACAUCGAUUCCACGCCCCUCGGCAAGAUCAUGAGCUAUUACUACCUCUCCCAUAAAACGAUCCGCCAACUCGUCAAGCACGCCAAGCGCGACGCCAGCUUCUCGGACGUCCUUUCCUGGGUGAGCCAUGCCACAGAAUACGACGAGCUGCCCGUCCGCCACAACGAGGAUCUAAUCAAUGCCGAACUCUCCAAAGCGCUGCCACUCAAGGCUGAUAACUUUGGCCUCCCUAUGUGGGAUCCCCACGUCAAGGCUUUCCUGCUCCUACAAGCGCACUUCUCGCGGAUUGAUCUGCCAAUCUCGGAUUAUGUGGGCGAUUUGAAUAGCGUACUGGAUCAGAGUAUACGUAUUGUGCAGGCAUCCAUCGAUGUGCUCACAGAGCUGGGAUAUCUCUCCUCUUGCGAGGUAAUGAUCAUGCUACUGCAAGCUAUCAAGUCUGCGCGCUGGCCGACCGACGGUCCUCUCGCGAUCUUUCCCGGCGUGGGUGCGGACAAGGAGAAGAAGAGGUUGGAGCAAUCACAGGCUAAUCUAAAGACUCUCAUCGAGGUUACCACGGCGCCACCGGCUGCCCUCGAGCGAGCCGCGAAGUCCGCAAGCGUUGCGCCGCCAAUGGUCAGGAAGACUGUCGAGCCAGUCUCCCGUCUCCCUGUUCUCAAACCCGGCCUCCCCAAUGUCAAUGCAAUAAACCUAUCGCUCAACAUUUCGCGCGUCAACCCUGCGCGAAGUGGCCCAGGUGGUGUUCGCAUCUAUGCACCGCGCUAUCCCAAGCCGCAAACCGAAGGCUUCUUCGUCAUCCUCUCAUACUCCGGCACCGACGAGAUCGUAGCCUUGAAGCGCGUAGGUUGGAAUGCGCCGAGUAGAGGUGGUGCAGCUGGUGGGAGUAGACUACAGGUGAGCACAAAGAUCAAACUGCCAGAUGAGGCACAGGGGAAGAAGUUGGCUGUCAGCCUGCUGAGCGAUGCGUAUUUGGGUAUGAAGUGGACCUUUGGGGACGUGGAAGUUCCUGUGGCUCCAACUGUGGAGGAUGGGAAGGGUAAGGAGAAGCACUGAAGUCGUUGGAAAAUAGAAGAGUGUGGAUGAAUUUGGAGGUCUUCGAGGCUUAGUAGAAAGCACGGAAGGCGAUUAGCGUAUACCGGUGCCUAGUGGGAUUCAGUGCCUGAUCACUGCCAGACACUGUAUCAUAUUGAAGCAUGGCCAAAUUGAAUGACUAUGUUGAGAGGACUAUUUCCUCAUACAACGAAAUCUAGACACCGCAAAAGACUUCCUAGAGGCUUUCAGAAGGACCUCAGUCCGCGAAGAGCAUUAGACAGUGCUGUGUGGUGG